CUCUGUCUCUCAGGUGUCUACUUCCUGGAUAUGAAAAACAGUUUAGUGUGGCUUUCUCUCCUGUUGAAUUUCUCCCAGAAGAUCUAUGUCAAAGAGAAAAUCAUGGUUUGCUUUACAGUAGGCUGGCUGUUAUCACAUGUUGCUUACAUAGGCUACUUGACUUACCGGGGUGACAGUCCCACCUGUGUUUGACAGGAUGCACUCUGAACCUGGACAGGCAACAGGGCAGCUCGAAUCAGAAGCUGGAUCCAACAACAACCACAAUCAAUGAGAUGAACCUCUCAGAAUGGUUUUGAGGUUUCUUACUGUAUUUCCAGCAGCAGUUCAAAUGUGGCUGAUUGCUGUUUCCGUCCCACUGCUUCCUGCCAUCAUCAUGGUAUCCAGCCGUUAUCGUGUCAAAGUCUUCAAGCUGUACCAUCAAGCUGUGGCCUGGGUGCUGAGGAUGAUGCGAGGGAGAGUGUGUGUUAAGAGCACCCAUGCCUUUGUGUUCUCUGAGUGCACCCAUGGCAAAGCUGACAGUGUCCUGGAGACCUUUGACCUCUAUGCUGAGACACACCCCUCUUUAUGCAUUGGUCCAGAGAUUGGUGAGGCGUUGGAUGAAGUGGUGAGGCGUGUCCGUCCCUCUAGGGUGUUGGAGCUGGGGAUGCACUGUGGCUACAGCUCAGUCCGCCUGCUGCGUCUGCUGCCCCCUGCUGGCAGACUGAUCACAGUGGAGCUGGACCCACUCACAGCAGAUUUGGGAGAAGAAAUCAUCCUGGUGGCUGGCUUCAAACACUCUCAGUUCCAGGUGUUGACAUCUAGCUCAGCUGAGGCCAUCCCAACCCUGCGAUCAUUACUUGAGCCUGAUCAAAGGACCAGUGAAGGCUUCAACCUGGUGCUAAUGGACCAUGAUCCCCAGCAGUACCUUCCAGACCUGCUGACUCUGGAGAAGGAAGCGCUCCUCUGCUCCUCCGGCUGCUCCGUCAUUCUGAUCAACAGAAGAAGAAGAGCUAAGGAUCUCAGAGAAAUCCUGGAUCACAUCAAAGCGAGAGCAGACUUCUGCUGCAUCAAGACAGAGCUUCAGUUCAUGGUGGAAAUCCUCUACCAAAGGGAAGAUACUAAGGAUUGGCAGACACCUGCAGCACAGCAGCAAUCCUCUGUAAGGCAGUGAAAGAACAAAGCCUUCCUCCUGUGCGUCUGGUUCAUCAACUGGAGUGGGCAGAGCGAAAGGAGAGAGGAGACUCCUGAUGGCCUCUCCAGAGACCAAGGGACUUCUAUAUUUGGUACACUGCGAUAGCCUGCUCCCCCCACCCCCACCCCCUCUGUUCACUUCAGGGUUGUGUAAUGAUGUUGUAUCCUCACAUUUGAUUGCUGUCACUUGAAACUGUUAUUUCUCCAACAUGUCAUCUUCUCAGGAGUGAGGGCUGACUUAUUUUUAGACUGUCUGAUGUGUGCUUUUAAGAUAUUAUAGUCAUUUUAAAAAGACUUUAAUAGGCUUAGGGUUUGUAGUGUGUAUGGUUCUGUACAAUGUAUCUGUGUGUCUAUAGUACAUAUCUAUAUAUCUAUCUUUCUAUGUAUGGCUGCAGAGGGGAGCAUCAAUGACUCUUUAAGUAAAACUUUAUUUUAGUUGAUAUAAGAUAUACUGCAUGAUUAAAUUUAGAUAAUUAGCUUCUCCCUUAUGUCUUUUCCCUCCCACCUCGUUUCCUUGACACUUUUUCUCACGAUUUCAAAUUAGCGAUGGUGAAAUAUAUCCAUUGGCUCAACAGAUUAUUUGCAAAACCAACAUGUUUAAUUAAAUAUUAAAGUGAUUGAAACACCUGUGAGAUAAACACAGACUUGAAAAAAGACGGCUCAGCUGAGCCAUGAUCAAAUUAAGUUGGUGACCUGGUCCUUUACUACAAAUCACAGAAAAGCUACUGAAAAAUUAAAACGCUAAAGUUAGGUCUUUAAAUCUGUGGAGGGAUCUGACGAUGUGCAGUGACUCUACCACCUGCCUCUGACCCAGACUUCAACCUGCAACACACACACACACAUACACACACACAGGCAUUCACACACAUACCCUCCCUGUGGAGAGAGGGAAGAUUGGGAGAAAAUAGACCUCCCAGCAUGUGGUGUCUUAAGAGGGUUGAAGCCUCUCAGAAUGUACUUUCCCUCCUCCUGGUUGAAGAGACCUCCUACACUUGAGAUUUUUAUUUUUGGGGAGAAUCAAGACAUGCUGUCCAUGUCUCAUAGUUCAGACAUUAAGAGCAUUAGUUUGGUGCUGAGGAAAAACUGGACAAGCACUACUACCGUCCUCGAUAGGGCAGUAUUACAGAUAUGUUAUGGUGCUGUUUGGAGCUUAUUUAACUCUUUUCAUCAUUAUAGUAUUCACUCUGACACUAAAUAAAUGAAAUUUUAUUUACAUAUUUGCUAAACACAAUAAAAGCUGGCUACUUGCUAAUUGAAUGUGUGUUUGAGCAACACAAAGUGAAUUUUUGAUGAACUUGAUAACAUUGAAGAGGUUUCACUUACUCAAUCCAAGGCAAGGUAAAAUCAUAAACUUAAAUAACAUUGUGUGUUUGAUAAUCCUAACCCUGGAGCACAAAUACAAAUGACUGCUUCAUUCGUCAACACUGUGUUAUUGUUUGUUCUUUCAGUUAUAUUGUAGAGGUUGAAGCCUCUUAAGUUAAAAUGCUGGUAGGAGGCAGAUUGAUGCCUGACUUCGAAAGAAAAGAAAA